UUUGGAUGAAACGACAAAUGGAGACGGCAACGUGGCACGUACUCGUCCCGGUGCAUUCGUUUUGUCUACACCGAUCGCUCACGAUUCUUCCAUAACACAGUAACGCUAACAACAGGCCCACACCUCUCUCUCUCUCUCAGACUGCACACAAGAGAAGAGACAACGAAAGAAAUGGUAGCGAGUAAAGAGAAAGGGAAAACCACUCUCCCAAUUCCAAAACCCUAGCCCCAAAGAAACCAAACUCUCUCUCUCUCUCUCUCUCUAUCGUUUUCCAAUUUGAUUCCAUUCUUUCCUUCUCCUAAGUUCCAUUCGCUUACUGCACUAUAUGCUUCCUAGAAAGAGACCAAGUGAAGGAGGAGUGGUUGUAGAAGAAGAUAGUGACGCCACCACUACUACCAACAACAAGGACGCAGGUGCUGCGGCGUCGUUUUCGAAGAAGGCUCGGAUCGGUUGCUUUGCUACCUGCUCGGGAUCGACGGCGAACGAUAGUGACCGGAGCUUAAGUAGCGGCGGCGGCGACGACAGCAACAGGCGAAGCGCCGGGAACUCGAUCGGAGGAGCGUCAGCAGCGAUGGCUUUGGGCGAGUCCAACCCGCCGGAAAUUGACGAGGAUCUGCAUAGCCGUCAGCUUGCUGUUUAUGGCCGGGAGACUAUGAGGAGGCUUUUUGCGUCUAGCGUUCUCGUUUCGGGGAUGCAGGGUCUUGGUGUGGAGAUUGCAAAGAAUCUCAUUCUUGCUGGCGUCAAAUCUGUAACCUUGCAUGAUGAAGGCACUGUGGAGUUAUGGGAUUUGUCUAGUAAUUUUGUAUUUACCGAAAAUGAUGUUGGCAAGAACAGGGCUGUGGCUUCUCUUAGUAAGUUGCAGGAACUUAACAAUGCAGUGGUGGUACUGAGCUUAACAACUAAGCUGACAAAAGAACAGCUUUCUAGUUUCCAGGCUGUUGUUUUCACUGACAUCAGUCUUGAGAAGGCCAUUGAGUUCAAUGAUUACUGCCACAGCCACCAGCCUCCCAUUGCCUUCAUUAAAAGUGAAGUGAGGGGCCUUUUUGGUUCUGUGUUUUGUGAUUUUGGGCCUGAGUUCACUGUUUUUGAUGUUGAUGGAGAGGAACCCCAUACUGGUAUAAUUGCAUCCAUCAGCAAUGACAACCCUGCUCUAGUAUCCUGUGUUGAUGAUGAGAGGCUUGAGUUUCAGGAUGGGGAUCUGGUUGUAUUCUCUGAAGUUCAUGGUAUGAAAGAGUUGAAUGAUGGCAAGCCAAGAAAGAUUAAAAAUGCUAGAGCAUACUCAUUUACUCUUGAAGAAGACACCUCAAAUUAUGGUAGUUAUGAAAAAGGUGGUAUUGUCACACAGGUUAAACAACCAAAGGUUUUGAACUUCAAACCACUCAGGGAAGCGCUUAGUGAUCCAGGUGAUUUUCUUCUGAGUGAUUUUUCUAAGUUUGAUCGCCCACCUCUACUGCAUUUAGCAUUCCAGGCUUUGGAUCAGUUCGAUCAUGAGAUGUGCCGCUUCCCUGUUGCUGGUUCAGAGGAUGAUGCACAGAAACUUAUAUCUAUUGCCAGUAAUAUUAAUGCUAACUUAGGUGAUGGAAGGUUGGAAGAUGUGAAUCCAAAACUCUUACGGCAUUUUGCCUUUGGCGCUAGGGCAGUAUUGAACCCUAUGGCUGCCAUGUUUGGUGGAAUUGUAGGACAAGAAGUCGUAAAGGCAUGCUCUGGGAAAUUUCAUCCACUUUUUCAAUUUUUCUACUUUGACUCUGUGGAAUCACUUCCUACAGAACCACUGGAUCCUAAGGAUUUUAAACCAUUAAAUAGUCGUUAUGAUGCACAGAUUUCAGUUUUUGGACAAAAGUUACAAAAGAAAUUAGAGGAUGCUCAAGUGUUUGUUGUUGGAUCUGGUGCGUUGGGAUGUGAAUUUUUGAAAAAUAUUGCCCUAAUGGGAGUUUCCUGUGGCAAGGGAAAACUGACAAUUACUGAUGAUGAUGUCAUAGAAAAGAGUAACCUAAGCAGGCAGUUCCUCUUCCGUGACUGGAAUAUUGGCCAGGCUAAGUCUACAGUUGCUGCUUCAGCUGCUGCAUCUAUAAAUCCUUGUCUGAAUAUUGAAGCUCUGCAAAAUCGUGUUGGCCCUGAAACUGAAAAUGUCUUUGAUGAUACUUUCUGGGAAAAUUUGAGUGUUGUGAUUAAUGCACUAGACAAUGUGAAUGCGAGACUGUAUGUUGAUCAGAGGUGCUUGUAUUUCCAGAAACCGCUUCUUGAAUCUGGAACUCUUGGAACCAAAUGCAAUACCCAGAUGGUCAUUCCACAUCUAACAGAAAAUUAUGGUGCAUCAAGAGAUCCACCUGAGAAACAGGCACCGAUGUGUACUGUUCACUCAUUUCCCCACAACAUUGACCACUGCUUGACAUGGGCUCGAUCAGAGUUUGAGGGUUUACUUGAGAAAACCCCAGCUGAAGUAAAUGCAUAUUUAUCUAACCCAAGUGAAUAUUCUAAUGCAACGAGGAAUGCUGGUGAUGCUCAAGCAAGGGAUAACUUGGAGCGUGUUCUUGAGUGCUUGGACAAGGAGAAGUGUGAGACUUUUGAAGAUUGUAUUACUUGGGCUAGGCUAAAGUUUGAAGAUUAUUUUGCUAACCGAGUGAAGCAAUUAAUUUAUACUUUUCCUGAAGAUGCCGCAACUAGUACAGGAGCACCUUUCUGGUCUGCACCAAAACGAUUCCCCCAUCCACUGCAGUUCUCAUCCUCUGAUCUGGGUCAUCUUCAGUUUUUGAUGGCGGCUUCUAUCCUACGAGCUGAAACAUUUGGUAUUCCAAUCCCUGACUGGGUGAAGAACCCUAAGAAGUUUGCUGAAGCUGUUGAUAGAGUGAUAGUACCUGACUUUCAGCCCAAGAAAGAUGCAAAAAUAGUGACAGAUGAGAAGGCAACCAGUCUCUCUACUGCUUCUAUUGAUGAUGCAGCUGUGAUUAAUGAUCUAAUCAUCAAGUUAGAGAGGUGCCGGACAAAGCUGCCAGCAGGGUUCAGAAUGAAACCAGUUCAGUUUGAGAAGGAUGAUGAUACGAACUACCAUAUGGACUUGAUAGCUGGGCUGGCCAACAUGAGGGCACGGAAUUACAGCAUCCCUGAAGUUGACAAACUCAAAGCCAAAUUUAUUGCCGGACGGAUCAUUCCAGCAAUUGCAACUUCAACUGCCAUGGCCACUGGGCUUGUCUGCUUGGAGUUGUACAAAGUUUUGGACGGAGGGCACAAAGUUGAGGACUAUAGAAACACGUUUGCCAACUUAGCACUGCCUCUCUUUUCCAUGGCUGAGCCAGUUCCACCGAAGGUCAUAAAGCAUCAAGAUAUGAGCUGGACAGUUUGGGACCGAUGGAUUCUAAGAGACAAUCCUACUUUAAGGGAGCUUCUUGAAUGGCUGAAAGCAAGAGGCUUGAAUGCUUAUAGUAUUUCAUGUGGAAGUUGUCUGCUCUAUAAUAGCAUGUUCCCUCGGCACAAAGAAAGAAUGGACAAGAAAAUAGUGGAUUUAGCUAGGGAAGUGGCCAAGGUGGACAUCCCUUCAUACCGGCGUCAUUUGGACGUUGUUGUAGCCUGUGAGGAUGAUGAGGAUAAUGACAUUGACAUUCCUCAAAUAUCCAUCUAUUUCCGUUAGGUUGUUUUCGGAUCAGAGAUGUGUCUGAGACUUAUCUUUAGUUAGAAACAGAAUGUCUAACUUCAUCUUUCCAUAUUCAUAAUUGGUACACACAAUGCGACACUGUCGACCACAUCACAGUUCAUAUAUGAAUUCUAAAGCAACUUUCGCUCCUUGUAUGUUAUAUCAUUUACCUUGUUUCAUGAGAUCAUCUUAUGAACCCUUCUCGUUAAUAUUUCUCGGUGACUGCUUCAUCAAUGUUUUGUUGUGUCGUUAAGUUUUUGGAUGAUCAAGUUUUGAGCGAAAACUAAUGUGGUAAAGCCAAUGAAUAAGGAAUUUUUUUAGGACAAAUUUAGAAUAAAUUCCUUAUCUUUUUACCUUCAAGUUUUUCAGUCAAAUGAUGAUGAUGUAUGUGUUUAUUUAAAAUUUAAAACAUUAAAGGAAGUUAGUUAUUAG